UCUCACUGAUGCAGGAUAAAACAGAAGGACCAGUGACAUGUAUCAUACAAGACUAAAUACAUUACAAGAACACAACUACCUUUGCCAACAGCAUUCCUCCCACGGCAGACAUACAAUGUCAGCACUCUCUUAUCAGGAAGUAUUGCAGGCUAUGGGAGCAAUUUUUUAAACAAUUUAAUGGUGCAUCCUUACAGAUGUCCACAUGGAAACAGCCUAGACAUGCAGCAGUAUUCAGAUGUGGCUGGGCACAAUGACUUGUGUUUUAGAGAUCUCGUAUUGAAUAUCAUGGCAUAAAGAGAACGUGGCACGCAAGUAUGUUGACAUCUACCCCUUCGGGCACGUUUCAGUUAGUGACGUUGUACCCCUUCCGCUCGAGGCUGCACGAACUGCAGUGGUAUGCACACACCAUUCUCUUUACGCCAUAUUGAAUAUAACAUAUUCCAUCAACAUGUUCAAACCUGUGGGUCUUUACCGUGCUUCGCUCAAAACAAUAUAAAUAUUUGUGACAAACAAAAUUUGACAAAAAUCAGUAUUUCUAAAUAUUGUUACUAAACCUAAUCAUCAUGGAUUUGUGGCUAAAAGAAGGAACUUUGAAACAAAAAGCAAGUUCUUCUGGUACUCCAACUGUCGCCGAAAUAAACGAGCAAAAUAUUGUGACACUUCAAAGAGAGGAUGAACAAUUGCAGUCUUUUGUUGCCGAAAAAUCUGUUAGUACUAGUGAGUUAUCCAAGGUGAAAGAAUUUCCAUCGAAGUAUAUCAAAAAACAAGAAGAAGCGGGUGUUAAAAGACCGAAACGAAAGUAUGAUGAAAGUUAUUUGUCUUUUGGUUUUACGUGUGUUGGAAAUAAAGAUGUUCCUGAUGCGCAGUGCAUCAUGUGCAACAAAAUACUAGCAAACAGUUCAUUGGCUCCUGCUAAACUUCGUAGGCAUUUGGAAACCAAGCAUGCUGAAUACAAAGACAAAGAUAUACGUUUUUUUCAAGAGGAAGCAUGACUCACUUGGAAAUU